AUGAACGAAACGUUCUAUUGGCUAUUGAGGUUUCUAAUUUUAGCUGCCGCGCUUGUGUCGCCAAGCUACGCGCAGUCGCCACAGGUGCAGCAAUUACAGCAACUGCUUGGUAUCGGUUUGGACAAUCUAGUUUUGAAUACGCUCUACAAUGACGCUCCACGCCAGAAUGCCACCUAUGACUUCAUCAUUGUUGGCGCCGGUCCAGCUGGUUGUGUGCUUGCAAAUCGGCUCUCCGAGAAUCCAAAUUGGACAGUGUACCUCAUCGAGGCAGGCGGUGUGGAAGGCAUCUUCCACCAAAUACCCGUGCUCGCCGCCUUCCUGCAAGGCACUCAAUCCAAUUGGGGUUACAAAUCGACACCACAGAAGCGCGCCUGUUACGGCAUGUACAAUAACGAAUGCUUCUUGCCGCGUGGCAAAAUACUUGGUGGCACAAGCUCCAUCAACUAUAUGAUCUAUAAUCGCGGCAAUAGGCGCGACUUCGAUCGCUGGGCUGCUGCAGGCAAUAAGGGUUGGUCAUAUGAAGAAGUCUUACCGUACUUUCUGAAAUCGGAGAAUGCCUACUUGGCUGGCUUGGAGUACUCGCCCUACCACAAUCAUUCUGGGCCGCUGAGCGUGGAAGAUGUGCAAUUUCGUACGCCAGCGGUGCAUGCAUUUGUUAAAGGCGCACAGCAAGCGGGACAUCCUCACACCGAUUACAAUGGCCAAUCGCAAAUUGGCGUGUCCUACGUUCAAGCCAACACACAGCGAGGCAGGCGCCACAGCGCAUACCGUGCAUAUAUCGAGCCCAUACGCUACCAACGAAGGAACCUGCACAUUGUUACUAUGACCCGUGUAACGCGCGUACUGAUAAAUCCCAUAACCAAGCGCGCGACUGGUGUAGAGCUCUUGUACCGCAAUAAAUACUACAAAGUGCGCGUACGCAAGGAGGUCAUACUAUCGGCUGGCGCUUUCAAUUCACCACAACUCUUGAUGCUAUCUGGCAUUGGGCCCCCGGACAAUCUCAAGGCUAUCGGUGUGCCCGUGGUGAAGGAAUUGCCAGUAGGCAAAUUACUCUAUGAUCAUAUGUGUCACUUCGGUCCAACAUUUACUGUCAACACCUCCAGAGAAUUGCUCAAUAUUGCGCAUCUCACACCGAGCUUGGUGAAAUCAUUUGUGUUGGGCAAUCCGGGCACUAUGCUUUCUUCGAUUGGUGGCGUAGAAGCGCUUACGUUUCUGAAAGUGCCUAGCUCAAAGGAGCCUGCGGAUAUGCCCGACAUCGAAAUCAUCACAGUGGCAGGCAGCUUGGCUGCCGAUCAAGGUAGUGCGCUCAAGCAGGGCGCCAAUUUCAAAGACGAGCUCUACAACAAAGUAUAUCGACCGUUGGAACAACGUGACCACUUUAGUUUCCUUAUCAUGCAGUUCCAUCCGAAAUCUGUGGGACGCCUUUGGCUACACAACAGAGAUCCAUUUGAAUGGCCGCGCAUAAAUCCAAAGUAUUUCUACAACGAAGACGACGUGCAGUUCAUGUUGGAAGGUAUCAAGGAAGCGAUACGCAUCACGCAAACACCUGCGAUGCAAAGUUUGGGCACUCGCAUACACGAUAUACCAGUGCCCGGUUGUGAGCAGCACACCUUCGGCACAGAUGCCUAUUGGCGCUGCUCCAUACGUACGCUAUCGUACACGCUGCACCAUCAGGUGGCCACCUGUCGUAUGGGUCCUGAAAGUGAUCCCACCACCGUUGUCAACGCCGAGUUGAAAGUGCACGGCAUACAGAGUCUGCGUGUAGUGGACACCAGCAUCAUUCCAUUCCCGCCUACGGCUCACACUAAUGCGGCAUCGUUUAUGAUCGGAGAGAAAGCGGCCGAUAUGAUACGUGACGAUUGGCAGUGAAAGUGAAAUAGUAAAAGUGUAGUUUAGCGGUAUAUAAGAAUAGUUUAUCAUUAAUUUGC